UUACAGGACCCGUGCGAGAUCAUUUAUUGAUUUAUUGAUUUAUUGAUUUAUUUACUGUACUGUAUAUGCACCCUGAUUUCCUCGUCUCGGAUUUUCCUCGCGAGACUACGGAGGUGGAGGUGGACGUGGACGUGUAGGUGUUGACAUGCAUGAACGGCUCGGUAUACUGUAUUGGGAGGAGGGGACAGGACAGGAAAUAAGGGGAGGGGGUAUGGUACCGGAAUCUUGAUAGUUGUGGUUUUGGUUUGUAUGGUUUGGAUGGUUUGGUAUGGUUUGCUUGCUUACACGAGAGGUAGGUAUGUAGGUAGGUAGGUAGGUAUGUAGGUAGGUAGGUAGGUAGGUGGUUCGCAUGAGUUGUAUAUUAUCUUUCUAGAUUGGAUAUUGUGCAGCUAUGCUUCUUCUUGGUGUGUUGGACAACUACAUGUAUACAAUCCACACAUACGUUGAUAAAGAGAGAUAUGAAAAGUAGGAAUACGCUGUUAUAUAUUCACUGAUAAGUGAGCAAGUUUCUACCUCCUUUACCUAAAUUGGUACGUUUGAGUGAGCAAGUUUUCGUGACGAAGACGGUUGACGAGGAAGGUUUACUCGACUCGGUAGAAGAAUCGUAUGACUACUGGUCUUUUGAGAAGAUUCCGAGGAGUGGAUAUAUAUCGACUCGUCCUUCUCUUCUUGAGUUUGUCUUCUACGAUACUUGAUCUUUAAUCGGACACGGAAUUUCACUGAACAACAACAACGACAACAACAACAGCCUUCUCAACGUCCAGCUACCAAUAUCAAAACACAGCAAACAAAACAAAGGAAAAGAAAGGAAGAAAGAUGGACAUGGCAAAGAGCAUUACGAUGGGUAUCAGUAUGGGCGGUACGAUGACCACUGCCGAUAUGGCGGCCAUGACUUCGAAGCCCAGUAUGGGUAUGGGUAUGGGUGGUGGAUCGGGUUGUAAGAUCUCUGUAUGUUACUCUUUUACAUACUUCUGCUCACUCAUUGAUUCUCUCCAUACCUCAAUUUCUUUCUGAAAGGGACUGGGCGGGUAAGUGAGAAGCUAAUUAUAUCUAUCUAAAGAUGUUAUGGAACUGGUAUACCAUCGACGCCUGUACGUCUCCCCUCACUCCCCCUUCCUCCCUCUCACCCUCUUCCUCCCUCCCCUCCCAUCCCCCCCCAAAAACAAACAACAAAAAAAAAUAAAAACAAAAAAAGCUAACAUCCCCCCAGGUUUCAUCUCCCACUCCUGGCACAUAACCACCCCCGGAAUGUUCGCCGGCUCCUGCAUUGGUGUAAUCCUCCUCGUCAUAUCCCUCGAGUUCCUGCGUCGUGUAUCACGAGAAUACGAUCGGUUUCUCUCUACCCAUUACUCCCUCUCUUCCCCUUCCCCUUCACCUUCCGCAAAUUCAACCAAUUGCAACCCCUCCUCCUCACCUUCUUCUUCUUCUUUACAUACUGCCAACAAAUAUUCCUCAACCACAAACGAGAAUGGUGCAGAGAGUAAGGGAAAGAGUACGGGAAAGGGAAAUUUAAGAGGGAGUUUAAAAGGAAGUUUGAAAGGAAGGAGGUAUAAACCAACCCUCCUCGAACAAGCCAUCAGAGCGACACUUCAUAUGAUACAAUUCACCAUCGCGUAUUUCAUCAUGUUGCUUGCGAUGUAUUAUAAUGGGUAUAUUAUUCUUUGUAUCGUUGUUGGGGCUUGGUUGGGGGCCUUUUUUUUUAGUUGGGAGGGGGUUGGGUGAGUUUUACUCUUUGUUUUUGUUCGCCCUUCUUCUCUGUUUUUUGGGGGUUGGAGUUGAACUGGAUUUGGGUUUAUUUUGGCGAGGAAGAAGGAAUUAAAUACUAACACUAAUACACGCACAGAGACGACAGCGAUAAGGCCGAAGCGACGUACUGCUGUGGCUAGUAUCUCCCAUUUCAACUUCAACUCCACUUCCCGAACCGGCGACUUUUCUGCAGCAACAACCCCAUAAACAGCAAACUCCCCGAGAUCCAAGGGCUGCGGGUUGAAUCUAUAGAUGAUGCUGGCAUCAUCGGGGGAAAAAAAGUAAUCUCUGAACGUCCAUACAAAACUUGGCUUUCCCAGAAGAUCUUGAUCAUGGAAAGGGGAAGGUGA